CAGUGUUCUAGAGUAACGAUAUCUUCUUUUUCCAUCGCCAGUCCUUCCAUCACAAGUUCUUCCUCUAUCACAAGAUCCGGCACUAUGAGCCAGAAUAUUCUCGUCACCGGUGGCGCCGGCUACAUUGGAGGCUCGGUUGUAGCAGAGCUUCUAUCUCGCACAAGCAGCUCGAUCAAGGGAGCCACUGUUUUCGCCACAGUUCGGUCGGAAGAACAGGUCCAACGUCUGUCCAAGCAUGGCAUCGGCGCGAUACAGCUCGACCUUCACAACGAAACGGCUGCCAUGGAGGCCGUGAUUCGCAAUGAGAUUGACAUUAUCAUUCACACUGCAAGCUCCGCCGUCCCGAGUCACGUAUCUAAUCUCGUCAAAGCUCUUGGUCGUCGUCGCCAAGUCGGCGGCAAGGAGACAUAUUUUAUCCAUUCGUCGAUAUUGACCAUGUUCGGCGAGGACGGUGGCUGGCCGAGCGGGGAGGUCAGGGAUACCGACCCUUUAUUCGAGAAGGAGAAGCAGUUAGGGACGGAUCACCCUGGUAGAGCGACCGACAUCGCCGUCGUCGAGCAAGCCAAAGCAGAAGGUGUCGUUACCUUCUUGGUGAUGGUGCCAACUGUCUAUGGGAAAGGCAGCGGUCAAGGGAGGAGACUCUCUGUGAAUAUCCCGGCUUACGUCAGGACCAGCAUCAAGCUCGGAAUCGUGUACAAGUUUGACAAAGAUGGGAACCCACCUGCAACACAUAUUUCAGAUUUGACAGCAUUAUAUGCUCUUCUCGUGGAGAAGAUAUUGCAGAAAGAGCCGAUCCCAAGUGGCGAGAAGGGCUAUUACUUUGCAAUGGCUCAUAGAAUAUCAUGGUGGGCUAUCAUGCCGCGUCUUGCCGAAGGUCUGCAUAUGCGUGGGCUCGUGACUGAGCCCAGGGCACAGACCUGGCCUAGCUACGACAUGGCCUCAGAGUAUCUCAGAUGGCCGCCCCAAUUUGUGCGGGCCAUGGGGACGUCUAGUGGACAACAGAUCCCCAUCAACGCCUAUCAAAUUGGGUGGCAGCCUAAGUGGGACGAACAACGAUUUCUGGAGGGCAUGGAUGAUGAGAUUAAAGCUGCUCUGGAAUCUGACACAGUUCCAGCAACCCUCUUUGACAAACUACUAAGUCCUUCCAAAGGCUCCACCGGCGCCUAGUGUGAUGGGCGCAUGUCGCACGUGACCGCAGGAGGGGGAAUUGUUGCGAGAGACCACGUGCGCACUCGAGACAUAGUCCAAACGAGGCCCCGUCGUACUCCUAGCUGGUAUAAGGGUAGCUAAGGGGAUAGUUUAGAAAGGGGCAUCGAUUAGUUUCCUUUAUUAUAGAAUAACGUAGAUCCCGGUCAAGCGGGCCACCCGGUCGAGCGGGCCACCCUUAAGGUAUUCGGAC